CGACCCGCUCGGCGUGAGCUCCCCCGCAGGCCCCGGCCUCAGCCUCUACAUGAGCGAGGAGGAGGUGCGCAGGCUGAUCGGUCUUGAUGCAGAGCUAUAUUAUGUGAGGAAUGAUCUUAUUAAUCACUACGCAUUGUCCUUCAAUCUGUUAAUACCCAGUGAGACCAAUAGUCUUCAUUUCAGUUGGCAUGCUAAAUCCAAGGUUGAAUAUAAACUGGGAUUUCAGGUAGAUAAUGCAAUGGCUAUAGAUAUGCCUCAGACUAAUAUUUCUGUACAAGGAGAAGUCCCUCGUGCUUUAUCAGUGUUUCGUGUUGAACUCUCCUGCACAGGCAGACUAGAUUCUGAGGUUACAAUAUUAAUGCAGCUCAACUUAACAAUAAAUUCCUCAAAAAAUAUCACAGUCUUAAAUUUCAAACGAAGGAAAAUGUGCUACAAAAAAUUUGAACAAGAAGUAAAAACUCCAACAUCUGACAAAAACAGCAGCAAAGCUAUUUUUGAUCCUGUAAAUGCCGCUCCCACCACUUCUACCCGUGUGUUUUAUAUCAGUGUAGGGGUUUGCUGUGCUGUUAUAUUCCUGGUGGCAAUAAUAUUAGCUGUCUUGCAUCUUCAUAGUAUGAAAAGAAUAGAGUUGGAUGACAGCAUUAGUGACAGCAGCAGCUCACAAGGUUUAUCUCAGCCCUCUACACAGACGACACAGUACCUGAGAGCUGACACCCCUAACAAUGCCACACCAGUAACCAGCUCCUCAGGUUAUCCUACAUUACGUAUAGAGAAGAAUGAUCUUAAAAGCGUCACCUUGAUGGAGGCAAAAGCUAAAGUGAAGGACAUAGCAAUCUCCAGAGAGAGGAUAACUCUAAAAGAUGUACUCCAAGAAGGCACCUUUGGACGCAUUUUCCAUGGAAUUUUAAUAGAGGAAAAAGACCCCAGUAAAGAGAAACAAGUUUUUGUCAAAACAGUCAAAGAUCAAGCCUCAGAAGUGCAAGUGACAAUGAUGCUGACAGAAAGCUGUAAACUCCGAGGCCUUCAUCACAGGAACCUGCUCCCUAUCACCCAUGUCAGUAUAGAAGAUGGGGAGAAACCCAUGGUGCUGCUGCCUUUCAUGAACUGGGGGAACCUUAAGCUGUUCCUGCGCCAGUGCAAGUUAGUAGAGGCCAACAAUCCUCAGGCAAUUUCCCAGCAGGAUCUUGUUCAUAUGGCUAUUCAGAUUGCCUGUGGAAUGAGUUAUUUAGCCAGAAGGGAGGUCAUUCACAAAGACCUGGCUGCUAGAAACUGUGUCAUUGAUGAUGCACUUCAGGUCAAGAUUACAGACAAUGCGCUAUCCCGAGACCUAUUCCCCAUGGACUAUCAUUGUCUGGGAGAUAAUGAAAACAGGCCAGUGCGGUGGAUGGCUCUUGAAAGCUUGGUUAACAAUGAAUUUUCCAGUGCUAGUGAUGUGUGGGCAUUUGGAGUAACACUCUGGGAGCUGAUGACUUUGGGGCAGACUCCGUAUGUGGAUAUUGACCCUUUUGAGAUGGCUGCAUAUCUAAAGGAUGGAUACAGAAUAGCUCAGCCAAUCAACUGCCCUGAUGAACUGUUUGCUGUGAUGGCCUGUUGUUGGGCCCUAGAUCCUGAGGAAAGACCCAAAUUCCAGCAGCUAGUGCAAUGUCUAACGGAAUUCCAUGCAGCUCUGGGAGCCUAUGUCUGAAGCUUCAGGCAUGGAUUCCAUAUGCUACUUGGGAAGGGACAGUGCAUACACGUCCAGCGCCAUGCAUCACUUGGACCUACUCACGCACUACAUGUAUAAAGCAACGCCAACGGGAGAAAGCACUUCUUCCAAAACACUGUGCCUUAGAAUGCUUUUGUAGCCUGACUUUUUUGUAAGACCUCUUGAUGUCGAGUAUUUUCUAGAUAUCACUUUUGCUAAGUUAAAUUGAGACCAUUUUAUUUGCCACCAGGUUUUCUAAAAUAUUAGUGAUAGUGAACUUGAACACAAGAGUUGGACGGACUUUUGCACUGUUACAACAGACACAGAGUUGGUUUUUUAAAGGUUAUUUUAGAGCUGGUAGGAAAAGGGGGAAAUUAUGCAAACAACAUUGCAGAGACUUUUCCCAUUUAGAAACUGAAAUUUUCUGACCAGUUCUAGUGCUUGAUCUUGUAUUUAUCUGGAAUAGCUUUUUAGUAUCAACUGCUUUUCUUUUGAGACGAUGGCACAAAAACAUUGGGUCCAUAAGUGGCAUCUUAUUUUUUAACCCAUUCUUCAUCAACGGUUCUUGGAAAAGCUGGUCUUCAAGAUGCAAUAUCACCUUUCUAAGACAAUAAGCAAUUAUG